AUGAGCUUUACAGCGGCUACUUUGCCCCCAUCGGCGACAUCUGUGGUGAUUCCCCCAGGCAGACAUGAGGCACCUAAGAUUCUCCAUGAAUCAUCGAGCAGACUUCCAGCUCUCCUCCCUUUGACUUCGGAGUUCGAUCCUCGGUUCACGGAGUACACCGGCGAGCAUCAAGCAUAUAUGGAACGGAAAUUAUACGGCCAUGAACGGGACAAUCGGGUUUUGCCGCAAAUCAACGCUGAAGCUGGUGACUAUCGCUCUCCGUACGCAGACGAGGAGCCGCCACCAUGGGAGACCACCAUGAAAACCGAUUUCCCGAGGCGGAAUCUUGCCGGGAGGGCCCAGCCGAAUCUCAAGAUUGCACAGGAGAUUGCACGGACGCAUUUUACUCUCGAAGGCCCGGAAGAGGACGACGGCAGCGCAAGACAGCAUCCUCGCAGUCAUAUCGACUAUGGGCCAAAGCCGCCAUUGGAAAAGGUGGAUGGCAAGCUGAUCCAAAAAGGAUACAAUGUUUACCCACCGAUUUUCCGUGACAUUGAAGUCUUGAACCAUCCGCGCGGCAGCACCUAUGACUCGGCUUAUCAUUUGCAUCCUACAAAACGUCGCAUUCCCAUCCCGCACAAACACACACGGACAAAUAUAGUCCUAGGCACCGACGGAAGUCCUACCUACGUUAGCAGCAUGAGGGAUGCGACGCAGGCUCCCGGCGAAGAUCCGACACCCUCAAAGCCACGGACCACUCCAGACGAGGAUGACAAACGCGAAUGGACGUUUGCCAUGGAGGAUGGGGAGAAAGAACAGUGGGCGAGCCUCUCGUCUCAAUCAUAUAAAGACCCGGUGGGUGUUGACUACACCGCAAAGAGACCGAACUGGGCAAAAGCCAGCGGCCGCGCGCAUUUUUCGCUCGGGAACUCAACGGCAACCGACCCGGCAACUUCCACAUACUCAUACUCGUUCAGGGCUGCAGUGGCAGAAAACGGUGAAAGGCCAACGGUUGCCAAGUCGUACGUUCCAUCGAGCGUAUUGGACGAGCAUGAUGCGGAUGGCGAUUUGAAACAAAGCAUGUAUAUGGAGAGCUACGGUCUAAAGGACGGGAUCAAUGGCCCAGCGCACAAACAUGCACCGCAAAAUAUCAUCCCGGUUGCCAGUAGUGUUGUGUUUGGAUCCGCAGGUCCGGAUACUCUCACAUCCACCACCCGCACUGCAUUUACAGCGCCUUCCUCCAGUGGUUCUCCCAUCAGGCAUCCAGGAGCACCUACCGACACGCCACAUUUGCUGGGCUCCCCCUUCGACUUGCCCACCGCAACGCCUACAUCCAGUACGCGCUCAGCCUACGCAACCACACCGGACGCAUCAAGGCUUCUGGGGAAGGCCCACGCGCAAGCUGUCCUGAGUCGUAGGACCGCUGCAAAGGCGUUCCGAGGAAGUCGUGUCUUUGGUAGCGGACAAUGGGAAGGGGAUAUCAAAGAUUGUCAGCGAGAGGACAUGAUCGCAGCGACGAAAGCGCAGGAGGCACAUAGAUUGACCGGGAAGAGAGCGGCGGGAGUACCGAGCGGCGUGAAGAGCGGAGAAGGGUGGAAUGCGAAAGGGGAGGCCAAUGAUUGGACGACGACCUCCCAGACCCUGGGUCGCUUCCCACCCGUCUCCCCGUCCAGCAUCAAAGCAGCGGGUGAAUUAACGCAAGCCGCGCGCGGCUUGGCGACCAGGUAUCGCAACAGGGUGCUGCCGGAGGGGUUGAUCGAUGGAAGCACGUCCACGACGGUCAUGCGGUCCAGUUACGUUCCUCCCGUGAGGAUGAGAUACCUUCAGCCGGUAUUUGGAGUGGCGUGA